AUGUCUCCCUUCCGCGCUGGGACCGACCGGGACACUCCUACUCAAAGAGGUCCCUACAACGACUACGCCAGUUUUCGCCCCGUCAGCGACCGGGUUACUCCUGACGACGCUCAACCCGAGCCUCACUCUCAUACUCAUGAACAGUCGCCAAAGAAGAUUGAUAUCAUCGACUUGACCAUCAACUCAAGUCCGCUCUCGCGCCCACAGGUUCAUCACGACUCGGAUGCCGACCGCACGCCACUCGCCGCAACCAAGGUCGAGGCCAGCCAAGCUCACCCGGAUUUUUCAUUGAGCUCCGCACAUUGCCUUUCGGACCCCAGCGGAGGCUCAACCGCUGUUUCCAGCAAUGCGGCCUCAGUUCUGGACCCUUCGCCUCCGCCCGUAUCAAUUCAGCCCUCAGUCUCGUCUGUCGACCUCGACGACAGUUUUGAUGCCGAGAUGCCUCGGCCAGCGCGGCCCGAAGGCUUUCUGAAGACCCCUCAGCAGAUGACGCCGCCGUCGUCUACGCGUCCAUCAAGCCACCAGUCUCCCAAGGAUGGCGCUAUCUCCAAGAAGCAGACCCCGAAGAAGGACAUUCCCGAUGUCAUGCAGCUUGUCACUUUGCUGAAAGGUUACUCUGCCGAUAUUGGCAAGGCUCAUUCGCGACUAGCUCUCUACGCCCUCGAAUCUACCAAGCCCAUUGAAACACGUGUCAAGACCGGCGUUGACUUCUUUGCCAACGUCAAGCUUAAUCCAGUUGAAGAACAGGAGGGGACAACAAUGUCAAUUAGAACUAAGCAACAUUUCCGCGGGAGGAAGUCUGACCAAGCCAAAACUGCGCACUAUAUGCCGACCUGUGUCAAGUCUAACAAGCCUGCCGUGCCCAAGUACCGGUUUCAUCACACAGAAAUCGUAAAAAAUUUCCUUUCUCCUAACUCCCUGCUCAAGUUCGUGCCUGUCAUUCGAGACCUUGCGCCCGAGGAAGAGCGAAAGUACAACACCUGGUUGGGGGAAUUGGAGAGGAUGGAUGAGAGUUGUGGUUUCAAGACUCUGGGAAGUCGUGACCAACGAGUCAAUCGAACUAUCAAGAAGGAGAGGACUGCCACCUUGUCGCUAUUCCUGGACUCAUGGCUCAAAAAACUUGCCAUCGAUAACUGCAACCGAACCACAUUAAUUCGCCACAUGGCUAGCUCAAACCUCGACGACGCCAUCACGCCACAGCAGAAAUCAAGCCUUGUCAACUUGCACAGCGACGACAACGUGGUUGCAACACCAAGAGCCCUCAAGGCAGCAAGGGUAUUCACCGAUGCUUUUGAUCAGGUUUUCUACCAUAGCGGUCCCCAGAAUAUGGGAAUCCUGUUAUCAGAUGUUUUAAAGCUCGACAAGUCCGUUGACGAGAUUGUCGAAACGAAGAAGACAGCCAAGGUUGGUCAGGACGACAGCGACAAGGUGGAUUCUCUUGAACACUGGAUUGAAACCCAUACAGUAAUGGGGUGCCUAAUAUGCUACAGCAACUCGUGCGAGCAUGGAGACUACAGUCUGGAAAAUCACAAACGCAACUUUUCCAUGGACUGCAUCGGAAUGUAUGGGCGGAUGUUCUCGGCAAACCGAGUCUUGUCUUCCAAAGAUCCCAUUGAGCAUGCGCAAUCUCCGCUGCCGUGCAAGCGACAGUGCUAUCGAAUUCACGGCAUUGGUAGCACUGAUGCCCAGUCGAGGUCAUGGACUGAAGACGAGACGUUUUUGCUCCGCAGUCUUUUCUCCAUCCUGGAUCACAACAAAGUCCGAGUCAAGGCUCAGUGCGCCACCGCGGAGAUCCUAGACAGAGAAUGUUGGGAUGUGCAUCGGCAUUUGCAAUCCCUCGACAUCAAGCUCCCGCCUAUUACAACCGUCGAUCAACCAAGAGCCAAGAAUCUUCCUUGGUACGAUCGCAAGAAGAAGAUGCUCAUCGGUGACUGGCAGGAUCACACCAACUCCCAUGACACCAAGGUGCGCCCAUCUAACGAUCCGUGUCAUCACGAGGGCCCCUGCACUGUCGAAAACGAGUGCCCCUGUGUUCUGAACGACAUACUCUGUGAACGCUUCUGCCGCUGUACGGAGGAUUGUUGCGCGUACAAGUUCACAGGCUGUGCCUGUCAUGCCACCGGCAAGACAUGCUUGCAGAAGCAGAAAGAAGGCCGGCCUUGCAUCUGCGUACAACUGAACCGCGAAUGCGAUCCGGACCUCUGUGGAACAUGCGGUGCCGCGGAACGCGCAGAUCCCGCGAAUCGGCACGACGAUGCGCUCUUUCAAACAGGCUGUCAAAAUACCGCCAUUCAACGAGGUGUCAGUAAAGCCGUCAUCCUCGGUAAAAGCCAGCUGGAAGGCUGCGGUUACGGUCUGUUUACGGCGGAAGACAUUGCCCAGGACGAGUUUGUCAUCGAAUACACGGGCGAACUCAUUGUUGCGGACGAAGGAGUCAGGAGAGAGGCCAGGCGUGGCGAAGCUUUCUCCAUAGAGAAGAGUACGUCUUACGUGUUCAGUCUCUUGGACUAUGAGGGCAUAUGGGUCGACGCUGCGAUUUAUGGCAACCUCAGUCGCUAUAUUAAUCACGCUGUGGAGAACGCCAAUGUGCAACCGGGCAUUCUCUAUGUCAAUGGCGAAUUCCGCAUUCGAUUUACUGCCACUCGUAAUAUCAAGGCCGGCGAAGAGCUCUUCUUCAACUAUGGCGAGAAUUUCCCCAAUCUUACGGAGAAAAUGAUCAAAGAGAAAGCCGGAGACGGCGAGGAAGGUCCAGAGGAGGGCACAGUACCAGUGAAACGCGGACGGGGCGGCGGCCGCCGCCGGGCGACAACCGGCACCGAGAAACCAGCUACACAGAGGCUCACAAAGGCAAAGAUUGCCAAAAGCGUCAAUACGGGGGCUCGUAAGGAGGCGCCAAAGGUGGUAGUGGACGACUAUGAGGCUUUGGCCGACUUCGACGCAAUGCCUGGUCCGAAUCGAAAGCGAAAGCGAGUCGCAAAAAGCGACGAUGAGGAUGAAGAGUUCCAUCCGUCUUUGGAAUCCGAGGAAAAUGCCGAUGUUCGAGGCGCGCAAAAGCGUGUGUCGACAUCUCGCCGACGAGGUGGGAUCCGCCGCGUGAGAUCGAUGGGAUCCAUUGUGCCUUCGGACUCGGAAGUAGAGGGCUCAACGAAGGCGACACCUCGUGGCAAGCGUAGUCAAGGACGUUCUUCUGGUUCUCAACUUGCUAGCGGGUCCCAGCCGACGGCGAAGGAUCUUGAAAAUUCUGUGAAGCCGGCAAACGGCACACCGCCACCGAAGAAGCGUCGCGGUCGUCCACCCAAGAAUCCUCGUCCGCCUAGCCCAGUUGUGUCAAAGGAGCCAAAGGCUGAACAUGUCGAAAACGAGAUCCGCGCUCAUUCGAACAUUGUUCGACAUCCAGAAGCCGAUGGUGAUACGAUUUCCGUCGAUCUGAACCAACCUCCUAGGUCCGCCCGUGGGCGUAAAGUCACUGCAGCCAGCUUCAGCCAGUCAAACGAAGAUCCAAUGGACAUUGAUAAAAGUGAGCCAGAGGUUGGCGCGACUCCAACACGGUCUAGAGGCCGAAGAAGGACUGGGGAAACCACUAUUACGGCUCGAGGACCAUCGCGGACUGGACGUACAACCCGUCGUCUGGCUACUGAAACAGACGCCGCCUUGGAGUCGGAUGAUGAGCCUCUGACCCUGACUCCAGCAUCCAAGCGAAAACACAUGCAGAAGCGGGUGCUGGGUCCCCUGGAGAACAACGAUAGCGAGUCCAGUUAUAAGCUGCCAGGCGCUGGCACAGACUCUGACGAUGACGACGAGCCUAUAUCUUCUCUCAGUCGUUCCUCCAGGAAGAAGAAAUUGCCAGCUCGGUUUCGAUUGUCGUCAGACGAGGAGUCCUGA